AGACAGAACCCUUUUAGAUACUGUUCCGAAGAUUGUCUGAUCCGGACACAAUAAAAAAAGCUGUGAAGAAGUAGAACCCUAAGUAACUGUUUCCGGUCUCAAAUCUUGUUAAUGGGGUUCUUAAAGAAGCUCGCGGGUGUGUUUGGAUUUGGUCAGGAAGCUGUGAAAAACGAGGAAGAUGACGGAGGAGACGAUACAGUCAUCGAUUCCGGCGACGGAGAUAGGACACGUGGGAAUAAUCAGCCGAGAUUUCGUGAAACUGGGUUACCCAGGAAAGGAUUCGGAGUUCCGGUUCAAGUCGCCGUCGAAAGGUCUCAACUUGGUCCUGUUCUUCAGCCUUGCUCCGCCGGAGACGGUGACAUUCAGGGACUAAGGUGGUAUACAAAACGGCUAAGGGUUGAUGAAGAUGGAGAUGUGGCUGAUGAGUUUUUGGAAGAGGGAGAUAAACCGAGAAACGCAGAAGAUGAUCAUAAGACAAUGCCAAGACUUGAGGCGAAACGCAAAACAAAACCUGCAAAAGUAAGAAGGCUGGUUGUGUCUUCUGAUGGGAAACUCCAGCAGUGUAUUGAAUAUCAAGGAAGAUUACUUAUAGUAUGAAUAUGAUUUAAAAAAAGAGUGGUUUUAUAAUUAGAGACAAGACAGAAUUGAUUUUGGGGGGAUUGUUUUUACAAUUAGUUACGCAUCUAUUGGACUUUGUAAUAUGUAUUACUCUACCAGUUCUUAUAUGUGGGUUUAUACAUGUCAACAUGUGGCAUCAGCCAAUUUUUAUUUAGGUUUUACCUAUUUACAUGUUUUGGAAAAUGUCAAUGUUGAAUAGUUAACAUAUUUAAAUUAUUGGUUUC